AAAGCAAGCUUUGUGAAAAUUGAUGGCAAAUCGAAAAAAACUAUUUCUAUUUUACAUCAGUCACAUAUUUAUUACGAAGCAAAACCGAAGGUAAAACUUACAAAAUAUGUCCAGGUUUUUGAUGGCUGCCACAUCGCUGCUGCCUCGUGAUUACUUGCGCACCAAUCGGUGUUUUGUGCAUUUAACCCGAGGAUUGGCCGGAGUGGCACCGAAGAAGACGGCGCCCAAAUGUGGCAAAGAGGAGCCGCCUAAGCCAAAACCGGGCUUUUUUCCAAGUGGUGGCACCCACGCCGUCUUCAGUGACUUGCCCCAGCCAGAGGGUGACUUUUUCAAGGCAUGGAAUGCCAAAAACUCCAAAUAUAAUAUGGUUUUAUUAUCCGGCAUUUUGGGACUGAUUGGCAGCAUUGCGCUUGUUCUAUGCUCGGGUAAAAUGUCGCUUUUUGCCACUGUGCCAGAGUAUCCCUACACUGACGACGAGAUGGAGGAGUUCGCCAAGGAGGAGGAGCGUCGUGAGGAGGAGAAACGUAAGCGAGAGGAGCAUCAUCAGAAUCUGGUCGAGGCCAAGGAGCUUAAGGUGCGACGCCGCAAGGCCAAGGAGGCCAUGGCCCGCGAGGUUGAGCUCAUGCAGAAGGACAUCGAUCAGGGUAUCAGCGAUGGCGAAAUGUCCGAGUUGGUCCAGUUGGUACAGGAGCGCGAGGAGUUCGAGACCUGGGAGAAGGAGGAGCUGAAGCGUCUCGACGAGAAGCAAAAGGAACGCGAUAAGACCUUGAAGGAAGAAGCGAAGGCCAAACUGGAGCAGGAGAAGCAGCAGAAGCAGCGAAAGUAAUAUGAAACAAAAAACAUUUUAAAAAAACGUACAAAAACAUCAUGAAAAUUAAUCAAUUAUUAAUAACAAAGCAAAGCAAACAACUAACAAAUGCAGCAGCAACAUCGAAAGCAAUUAAAACAUAACGAACAAGGGCAACAUAGACUUGAACAUUAUAUAAUUCAAGAAAUAAAUAAUAACAUUAAUAAUGA